UAUCGAUUCACUUCGCUACUGUGUAGUUAUCACAUAAUCUGUUGAACGUUUGUUCCUGGUGUACUCUACGAAAAUAACCGUGUAAUAAGGUAGGUAAAUAUUAUUUUUGAACCUGACCUAUACUCAUCAGAUUAUUAACAUUAUUCGACAUUCAAGUGUUUUAGAAUAUUCAAAAACCAUGGAAGCGCACUUGCGUGAAACUAAAAAUUUAAUUAAGUUAAGCAUACAGUGGAAAGUAAUGUCAACAUUGGAUUUACCUAAUAAAAAAGAUGCAUUCCAAAAUGUGUCAAACGAAAUGUUCAAAUUAGGGUUUUGUUUAUCCCCAGUACAAUGUAGAAAGACACUAAUACAACUAAUUGAAGAUUACAAGAAUUAUCAAAAGAUACUGCCAUUCAUUAAUGAGAUGGAAAAGUUGAUGUAUACACGAAUUGAAAAAAAAAGAAAUGGAAAUUUGGAUACCGAAGAUCCUAUUUCAACGAUGCUGCAAACAAUGAAUAGGAAUGUAAACGAAAGUAAUUAUUCAACAAUUUUGUUUAUUUGAUGGUUUAUUAGAGAGGUAGUUUUUGUUUUUUUAAGGUGCUCAGGGAAAUUUUUUUUUUUAUUCCUAUUAAAUGAUAACCCCAAGCUAGUGUGUUAAUACCAUUUUCUAAAAUAAAUCUUUUGUCAUUUUUAGCUUUUUUAUUUUGUCGACAGUAUACAUUUUAUGUUUAUCUGUUCAGGACAUAUUCUGUUUUGCAUAUUUUGAUUUUUUAUUUAUUACACAAUCUUUAUAGUUCUCUAAAUGCAAUUCCUUUUGAACUACAUUCUUUUUCACCCCUUUUGCUUUCUUACACCAUUAUUUUCGUCUUUGAACUUACCUGGAAUUUUUUUUAUUAAUUAAAGGUAUUCCAUAUUCAUUAUCUACAGUAAAAUCCAAGAUAUCAAACAAAUCAAACAUUUUUUUUAUCAUUUUUCAUAUCUUCAUAAAAAUUGUUAGUUUUAAUUUACAAAUUAAAAGCAUUAGUAUCUGUACUAUAAUUUAACAUUUUCUCUACAUUUUUUCUUUAAUACAUUAUGGUAUAAAUCAUACAUCUGAGUUUUUGACAUAUCUAAAAGAACCCUUCUGAAAUAAAUUGGUUGGUCUAACUCUACUUCAGUUUUGUUCAAAUAUACAGCAAUUAAAUUUUUAUCGUAAAUUUUUCUAUGGUCAAAUUUUGAUCUAGCAACCAGUUUUUCUACUGCUUUCCAAUAAGAAAUUAAUUUUUAUAUCUAUGAUUUUUUUGUUUCUUUACCAUAGUUCUACCAAAAACACUAUUAUUCAUUAACUUGUAAUAAUCUCUUAUAAAAUUAAUUUUUGCUUCUUUCUUUAAUUUGUGUUAAAAUCAAUAUAAUAUAUUUUCAAACAGGGAGAUUGAUUAAAUCAUAAUACCCUAUGCAUUUUCUCUAAUUUUAAACCUGAUCUUAAUAAAACUUAAGAUUAAUGUAAUGUAUUAUAUAUUUUAUUUUAUCAUGUAACGUUACUGAUAAUUUAAUAAUUUUUCAUUAUCAAACAUAUUCUCUGGAAUUAAGGGAAAAUCUGAAUCUAAAUCAUGAAGCUCUCCAGGAUACUUUAAAUCUACCCCAAAAACAUAAUCUACUUCCUGUUAAUCUUUCAUUUUUUUAAUUUUUUCUGUAUUAAAGCAGUUGGGAUCUUUUAUCCGCCUUAAACCCAUUUGAGGUAAAUAUUUGCUCAUUGGAACUCCAUAAAGAUAUGUAUAAUCUAUGUAUGGUAAAUAUGUGUUUGUUCAUUUUCAUUGUACUCUACGUCUAUACAUUUAUUAUUUGCUUUAGCGUAUCUUUUAAUGCAGUGAGUUAAACCACCUCAUGUUCCUUGUUUAAAAAAUGAAUACAUAACUAUAUCUGUUAAUAAUUCUAACUGUAUUCCUGUUUUUCUAAGCAUUACAUUCCAAGCAAAGUCUGGAACUGUAUAAUAAUGAACAGGAUCUAAUUGAGUUAAUGAGUUAAUGAAAUGUUUCUAUAAUUUUCCAUAAAAUCAGUGAGUAAUAGUACAUCAAUCAUGUUUUAAAUGAUGGUGAAAUAUUUCAUAUUUUUAAUUUUUUAUGAAGUCCAUAUUUUUUGCGCAUUCGCAUAUGCUUGUUCUGUCACAUUUUCACCUGUAAGAGAGCUGUAAAACGCAUCUUUAGAAGAUUAAGUUUUAGUAUUAUAUUCCUUUAAAGAACACAUAAAUUCAUAAGGAUGUGCUAAUUUUUUUCUUCAUCAACUCAAAACUGUGUUAUUAAUAAAUCUAGAUAAACUUGUAAACUGAUCUCUUUCUAGAUUAUUAGCUAAUGUUUCUAAAGAACAGUAUACAAAUUUAAAAGAAUCAAGCCUUAUAUCAACCCUUCAAUAAACACGGAUCUCUUAAUUUAUAUUUGAAAAUGAUAUAUAUUUUUCUUCAUUUAUCGCGAUCAUUUUUAUUUGCAAUUUAUCUAUGCUAAAUGAUUUUAUGAUUAAAUGAGCAUCAUAACCAGACAAAUUGUUAAGAAAUAUUGGAAAAAAUCUAGGUACACAAUAAUUUUAAUUGCAGAUAGAAUGAGCAGCACUUCUAUACUUUCCUGUUAAACAAACACAAUCUCUUAUUUUCAUUAUAUGUUUAUUAACACUAUAAUUAAAAUCUUUCAUAGUCUUCUCAUAGUAACCAAUUUUUGUUUUAUACAUAUUAAAACUUUUCACAUUAAAUAUUGAUCCACCUAACACAUCAAAUAACUCUUAUUAUUAGAUUCUGAGUGGAACAAAGUAGCCUAUCAUUCUAAAAAGAUAUUUAUGUAGCAAAUUUUCUGAAAGAAAAUCGGUGUAAGGAGGUACCUUAAAGAGGUAAUUUUUCGAUUUCCUCAAGAGUUUUCUCAAAUGAGAAAAAACAGAAAAAUUAUGAAAUAUGACAAACAUAAUAUUGCUUUUUUUUCUGUGGAUAAUUUUUCUACCAGUAAUUUUACUCAACUUUUAAUGACAGCAAUUUUACAGCAAAUGUGAAAAACUGGGGGGAACAUGGGAAAAACCAGGAAAACAUAGGAAAACAGGAAAAAUCGGUACAACAUUAAACAAAUAUUAUUAAAGAAAAUAUAUAGAGCCUAUUUAAUUAUUUUACUAUAAUAUACCAUAUAUAUUGUUGACAAAGCAUCACUAUCAGUUGAACUCAGAAUCGUUUUUCGUUAGUAAUGGUUUAUCUUUGUUUUCAGAUAUACAUUAAAUUCUCGUUUCUAUCCUACCUUCCCAACUUCCCACCUACACCAGGGGCUGCAUCAGUCCCAUUAUCUUACCUUUCUUUUUUAAUUUUGCAUUAUAAUAUUCUAGAGAGCUGUUUAUCCAUUUCCUUUUAAUCUCUAGUUCUGGUUAUAAAUCUUUGAAACAUUUUUCACAUAUAUAUCUUGAUGAUCUUAAAUGUUUAAACCAAUACAUUUUUAUAUUGGUAUAUUACAUAAGUUACACAAUUUUCUUAAAAUCGUUUUAAGAUUUUUAUUUUCUUCCAUUUUAUUAUACAUUAUAUAUAUUUUUUUUAAUUAAGGUUUCAAUUUUCAAAUUCAGUUAAGUAAGACAUAUUUUGUUUAAAAUAUGGUUUGAUUAAUAUUAAGUUUUACAUCAUUUUUCAAAAUUAUAUUUAACUCUAAAAUAUGAAAUUCCUCCAGGUUUAUAUAAAAAUGUACAAAAUUCAGUUUAUACAAAUUUUACUUUUUUUAUUUUUGUUUUUAAAUGUAAGUAUAUAUUUACAUUUCUUCUAGUAAAAUUUAAAUGUUCCUUAUUUGUAAUAAUAAAUUCUUCAGAAAAAUUGUUAUCAAGUUUAAGGGAUUCUCAUUCAACUUUGUUUUUAAAUUCAGUUAUUAACUCUUUUAAUAAUAUUUGAAUAAUAUUUGUCUUAAAGAGAUAUUUAUCUAAAAAACUUUAUCUUGAAACUCUUUUAUACAAUUUUCUGAUAAAUUUUGAUACCCAGAAAUUGAUUCCCAGUUAACUUUGUUUCUAAGUUCUCUAAUAAAAUUGUCCGCUUCCUUAGAUAAAAUAUCAUAAUAUUAUAGACAAAAAUUGUAAGUUCAUUUUAUUAUACUGACCUAUUUAUUUUGUGUAGAGUUUUAAUAAUAUAAUAAUAUAAUAUUCAUUACAUGAAAAUUUAAAAGUAUUUUGAAAAGGUUUGAAAGGAUAUAAAAUAUCAACUGUGUCAGGAAUAGUAAUUAUAUACUACUUAUAUAUAUAUAGGAUAUAUAUGUAGGACUAUAUGCCCUACUUUCCCAAUGUCUCACCUACAAUGGUACUUCCUUCAGUAGUAUCAGAUUAAAAAAAAAAAUGAUUUUAUUAAUGUAAUUAAAGGGAUGUCUUACAUACGUGAGAUAUCAGGAUUUAGAUGUGUAUUAAUUCCAUUGUACCAAUUGAUCUAAUGAAGCGAAAAGAAUUCUGGAAACAGAUUUAAAUUUUCCAUGAAGGUAAUUUAAAAUUGACUUACCACUUUCCCACUAAAUUCAUCUUCUUAAAUUCUAAAAAAAGCCACACUUAUAAAAAGAGUAAUUAAAAAAAUUGAAAUAAGAAUCUUGAUUUAUAUAAAUGUGAAAACUUUAUUUAAAGAACAAUAUUAUGCAUAAUAAAUACAUACCUAAAUAAACAAAUAUUUUUUGUUUUAAUUUGAAUAAGUUCCAUCAAUUCCAUCAAUUUCUAUUGCUUUUUUAGUCAGAAGCUUUAUUAAACUCCUCCCUCUUUACUAUGUCCUUUCGUGUCCUUUAAAUUUUGGUUCUUCAACUAUUUAAAUGGUACAUACCUAUUUUAAAAUUAUUUUGAUCUAACAUUAAUAAUAUAUUUUUAAUCAGCAUAUUAUUUAUUGAUGUUUAAUCAAAAUUUAAUUGCAUUAAUAUUUUCAAUCUAAAUUAUUUGAUUUACUUUGAAUUAUAUCAUGUAUAAAUAUCCGUUAUUAGAAUACUGAAAAAAUAAAUAGUAAUGUACUAUAAUCUACUGUAUAAUUUAUGAUUUUUUCUUUUCUUUUUAGACUCCAAAUUAAAUCAAACAAAUAGCCAACAAUGUCUAGACUUAAUUGAUUCUAUGAUGAAAAUUCAUCAAAAAUGUAGCAAUGAUAUCUUAGAUGCUCAAAACAAGCGUAACACACUAAUAAUGGAUAUAAUGGUGCAGUAUCAAGCUUCCCAAAAUGAUGUGUUAAGCAACCAUGGUGAUUAUCUGAUUAUUUAUUUGAAAAUAUUUAAAAUAUUAAAAGAAAAUAAUUCAAGUUUAUGCAAUUUAGUAUUUUAUACAUAUGUAUAUUAACCAUUUAUUUCAAUUUAUUCUCUCUCUAUAGGUUCAGUUUGUGGAUUGGUUUACAGCUGAUCCCCUCCAUUCUUCUAUAUUAUUCACUUUCCUAUUCAUUUGUACCUAUAAGUGCUUCCUUGGUCUUUUAUUAUCUGUUGGAUAUAUUCUAAUCUUGGUCUUUGCCUCUACACUUUCCUCUAUAAUCAGUUAUAAAUUCUUCUUUGUUUUUAUACUGAUGUUUCUUGAUGCAAGCAGAUUUUUCUUGUUGUUAAAGGCCUUUUUAAUUUGACAAAUACGGUUUAUAAUUUCACUCCUGUUUCUUUUCCAUCACUGCUGAUUGUGCUCCCCGAGAAUGCAAAUUCAUCUAAUUGUUUUACUAUUUAGUUUCCUCGUAGUUUUAUCUGUACUCUUGUUUUAUUCUUCCUUCCACAAACAAGUACUUUUGUUGUUUUCACAUUUAUUUUCAUAUGCAAGUUUAAUUCAUAUUUUAUUUAUAGUUUUAAUUAGUUCUAAAUCGUCCUUAUUUUCAGAAAUUAAAGUUGUCAUUUGCGAAGCACAGCAUAUCCUAAAUUGGUCUCUUCCUUUACCUUCUCUAUUGCUUCUUGAAUAUAUGUGUUGAAUAUAAUUGGGGAUAGUGUGCAUCCUUGUCUUACUCCUUUAUUUAUUUUUACUUCUUCUAUGUUAUUUUGGAUUUUUACAACAGCUACCUUGUGUUUGUAUAAUUUGUACAGCAUUUUCCUAUAUUCAUGCUUUAUCCCCAUUCUUAUCAUCAUAUCAAACAUCAAUGUCCAAUUCACAUUAUCAAAUGCUUUUUCGAUGUCCAAUAAAGUUGUGAAUGUUUGUUUGUCUUUCCUAAUCCAUUUUUGAAUGAUUUUUCUCAAUCCAAAAUUGCUUCAUCUGUUUCAUUAUUUUUCCUGAACCAGAAUUGGUUCUUUGUCAGUGUUUGAUUUAUCUUAGAUUAAAUACAUUGAAAUAUAAUCUAUUUUAGGGACAUGGGAUAGCAAGCUAAUGGUGCAGAGAUCUUCACAUUUUUUUGCUUAUGCUUUCUGUGGGUUGGGAGAAUUAUGCUUUUUACAGUAUCCUCCGGUAUUUCACCAGUUCCGUAUAUCUAUGAUAAUUUAAAAUAUUUAGUGUUUAACUUUUUCCCCCGACUCCUUCCACAGCUCCACUUGUAUUCCGUUAAUACUUGUUGCUUUUUAUUCCUCAGAUUUCUCAAUGCUUUAUCGAACUCCACCCUCUUUACUGGGUCCUUUACGUAUCCUUCUUCAGUUUUCUGUUUUUCAUCCAUUUCGAUGAUACAUAGUUAUUUUACAACUAUUUUUUUUCUAAGAUUAUAAAUGUAUUAUGAAUCAGCGUUCUUUUUUUGGAUAUUUAAUCAAAAUUUGAUUGAUUGAAAUUCAUUGAUAUUUUCAAUCUAAAUUAUUUGAUAUUAUUUGAAUUAUACUACAUAUUAAUAUCAGUUAUUAUAAUACUAAAAAAAUAAAUAGUUAGGAACUAUAAUCUACUGUACAAUUUAUGGUUUUUUUUUCUAUUUAGGGGCCAAAGUAAAUGAAACGACCAGCUGUCAAAAUAUGAUUGAUUCUAUGACAAAAAAUCAUCAAAAAUGUAUUCGUUAUAUAUUAGAAGCUGAAAAACAUUGGACUGUAACAAAAAUUGAUAUAAUGAUCCAGUAUCAAAAUUCCCAAUUUUGUGUGCUAAAACAACAUGGUGAAUAACUACAUUUUUAUUUCAAGAAGUUUAAAACAUUAAAAAAAAAAAUCCAUUCAAAAUAGUUUAUGUAAUUUAGUACUUUAUAAAUGUGUAUAAUAACCAUUUAGUUCAAACUGUAUCAUUCCCUAUGGUUUCUAUAAGUGGAUUGGUUUGCAGCUGAUCUCCAUUCUUCAUCUACUCUACAAUUUAUGAUUUUUUUUUUUUCUUUUUAGGAUCCAAUUCAAAACUAACAAAUAUCCAUGAAUGUCAACAUUUGAUUAUGCCUAUUAUAGUAAAAAAUCAAAAUUGUUUAUAUGAUAUUUUGGGUAAAGCUUAUAGAAAGUGGUCUUUACAUAUAAAAGAUUUAUUAAUCGAGUACCAAGAUUCCCAUUUUAAAGUGUUAACCAACCAUGGUGAAUAUCAAUAUAUUUAUUUGAAUAUGUUUAAAAUAUUUAAAAAAUAAUUCAAAAUAGCUUAUAUAAUUUAGUAUUUUAUACAUAUGUAUAUUAACCAUUUAUUUUAUACUGUUUAUUAUUCUCUCACUAUAAGUUCAAUCCGUGGAUUGGUUUACAGCUGAUCCUAUCCAUUCUUCUCUAUUAUUCACUUUCCUAUUCAUUUGUACCUAUAAGUUGCAUACUUGGUCUUUUAUUAUCUGUUAUAUAAAUAUAAUCUAUUUUAGAGACAUGGAAUAGCAGGGUAAUUGUGCUUUCUUUUGGUUGGGGAUAAAUGUUUUUUUUUUAUAAUCCUUUUUAUAUCCUUUUUCUUCAGUUUACUGUUCAUCUAUCUCAAAGGUACAUACCUAUUUACAAUCAUUUUGAUCUAACAUUAUUAAUGUAUUUUUUUAAUAGCUUUUAUUUUUUGAUAUUUUAUCAAAAUUUACUUUUAUUAAUAUUUUCAAUUUAAAUUAUUUGAUUUACUUUGAAUUAUAUCAUGUAUAAAUAUCAGUUAUUAGAAUACUAAAAAAAAUAAAUAGUAAAGUACUAUAAUCUACCAUACAAUUUAUGAUUUUUCUUUUCUUUUUAGAAUCCAUAUUAAAUCAAACAAACAGCAAAAAAUUUCAAGAGUUGAUUGAUUCUAUAUUCAAAAAUCAAGAAAAAUGUUGGAAACAUAUUAAAGUAGAAGCUCGUAAAAGUCAGAAAACUGAAAAUAGUUAGUUUAUGUCAUUUAGUAUUUUAUACAUAUGUAUAUUAACCAUUUAUUUCAAACUGUUUAUUAUUCUCUCUCUAUGGUCUCAAUCCAUAGAGCUGAUCUCCUUCAUUCUUCUCUAUUAUCCGCUUUCCUUUUUAUUUAUAUGUAUGAGUUGAAUCCUUGGUAUUUUAUUAUCUGUUGGAUAUAUUCUUAUCUUAAUCCUCUAUAAUCAGUUUUACCAAUCAUUUGUACUUCGUCUCACAAGAACGGUUUUUUUGUUUGUCACUGCGCAACUCCCAAUACUUUUGUUCAUCACUGCGCAACUCCCACUACUUUUGUUUGUUCCCAUUAAUAACGUAGUGGUAAGGAGUGGAAGAAAUUCCAGCCUUGGUACUCUUGGUGAUUCGCUAGGCGUCUACCUUCUCUCAUGAGACGGAGUAUAGCAUUUUAUUCUUAUAUUAUUUUUAUUCUUCAGAUUCCCCAAAGCUUUAUUAAACUCCUCCCUCAUUACUAUGUCCUUUCGUGUCCUUCUUUAAAUUUUGGUUCUUCAACUUUUUAAAUUUUACUUACCUAUUUUAAAACUAUUUUGAUCUAACAUUAAUAAUAUAUUUUUAAUCCGCUUUUAUUUUUUGAUGUUUAAUUAAAAUUUACUCUUUUUAAUAUUUUCAAUUGAUAUUAUUUGAUUUACUUUGAAUUAUAUCAUGUAUAAAUAUCAGUUAUUAUAAUACUGAAAAAAUAAAUGGUAAGGUACUACAAUCUACUGUACAACUUGUGAUUUUUUUUUUCUUUUUAGAAUCUAUAUUAAGUCUUACAAGUGACCAUAGAUGUCAAAAUUUGAAUGAUUCUAUCGUGGAAAAUCAUAUAUCAUGUAUUGAUCAUUAUCUAGUAGAAACUGAAAAACAGUGGAUCUUGCAAAUCGUUGAUGUAAUAUUGCAGUACCAAUCUUCUCUUCUCGAUUUGUAAUCGACCAUGGUGAAUAACUACAUUAUUAUUAUGAAUUAAAGUUAAAUUACUAUCAUCUUCUUAUAUUUUUAAAAUAAUAUCAAUAUACUUAUAUAUUAUCAAUCUAGUGUAGUAGUACCCAGACCCAUGACAAAAUAGAUAGUUAUGCUAUCAUUAAACCUUACUUUGGAUGAGAAUGUGCACCCCUCUCACACUUCAUUCAGAACUGUGAUGUAAGCCGUUCUCCUGAUUUGAUUGGUCUAUAUUUUCCGAGUAUUUGUAUUCAAAACAUAGAUUUAAAAUUGUAUUAUUUUUAAUAAGAUUUAAAUAAAUUUAAUUUAUAUUAAGUAUUCUAUAGGUAAAUAAAUAAUGUAAAUUUAAUUUUUUUGUGUAUUAAUAUAAUAUUGAUAAUAUAGAUACAAAUAUACAUGUGUAUUUAAACAUUAUUGGUAUAUGUUAAUAUUAUUAUGUAAUUCAG